AUGCGCGGUAUCAAACAAUGCACUGAAUGCCUUUUGCCUUGUGAAUUAAAACCAUGUUUGAAUAAUGCCACUUGCAUCCCGGUUGGAAAAACGGGCUUUUUCUGUUCCUGUGCUGCUGGAUAUACUGGACAAAAGUGUGAGUUUACACUGGCCGAGCCUUUGAAGAGUAACAUAUGUGUAAAUGGCGGAGUUGAAUUAUCGUCAUCUGACAGGUUACUUAUUUAUUUAUUUAUUUAUUUAUUUUUUAUUUUUCCAAACAUAAGAAAAAUGCACUCCACUACAGUCAACCCGCAGCUUGUUUUAAUGAUAAGUUCGGCCAGUCUGUCCAAUAUUUUCUGCGUUACGGUUGGUACUAUAGUCAUCUAAAUAUAAAUAGUGAUAUAUUUGUAAAGAAAUUUCUUCUCGGAACUCAAAUGACGAUCUCUCGCGAUUAAGGACAGUAAUUCGUUGGAGGGUGUCCGAAAUAAAGGGAGUUGACUAUAUUUACUAUAAUGGACAGAGAAUCUUUGAAUACUUGAAUACAAACAAUACUUAAUUUUAAGACGCGAUAAAAGCGGUUCCCAAACCUAGAGAGCUUCAGAAAUUCGGAGCCUAAAAGUUGAUUUACUGUGUUACAGGUUAUGCAACUGCCCGCUCGGAUAUGGAGGCAGAGAGUGUAAUAUAAGUAAGUAGUAGAAGUAGUAGAAGUUUUACCUUAUGAAAUAGCUUCCUAAUGCGUCGGAUAUAUAAUCUGUCAAUAACUGAUGUUGUCGCAGUAUAAACUUUUCAAUGUAAGGGAUCUAAAGGCACACAGUCUUUGUGUGCGGGUACAGGUGACCACCCCAUCCUAGAGCCAUCAGCAUGGGUAGAGCGUUUCGUACUAUACCCUGGAGGCCACACUUGGGAAGUCUUGGUGGCCUUUUAAAACCGGAAGGGGAACUACCGGUGGUGCAAAUGGUAAGAGUAAACGCCUUCCACUGAUAUAGGCUGGAAUCGAUUCUAGCGCCACACAGUGGAUUGACUUUGUUGUUGGUUCUCUUCACAAGUCUACUUCGAGCUGAAAAGUUGUCUCUAAUUAAUUGGGGACGUUUAAGAGGCCACACGUUUAGAACAGUGAAUUCUAUCCGGUGUCACGCUCUCUAAACUACAUAAGUGUAAGUUUUCAUAGUUGCAGUAGAAUUUUUUCACGACAACCCCUACAAAAAAAACACGCACACUGGCAACAGAUUUUAAGUACUAAAGAAACCUUAGUUUACAAACUUCUGCUGUUGGGUUUAUUUUAACCUUUUCGGUGCAAAGUUCUUUAAAAUAGCUUGCAUGAGGCAACGUAUAGUUGAGUCGAUUCCAGUGACUCUUGCUGAUUGGCUGUUUCGUUGUAGCUGUCCAGUUUGGAAAAAAUGCAUUGCUCAGUGGUGACGGUUUCUUGGAAUUCCCAUCAUCGACCAUGCGAGGACCGAGGUGAGGUUUUUUCUUUGGUGUUCAGUGAACCUUCUGAGCUAACAUUUCUCAGCAUCAGGAGAGUUUUACGACUGUUAUAAUAGAAAAUGAGCGCCCAAUUUAUUUCCAUCCUGGUAUUUUAAAGCCUAAAUACCUUAUAAUCCACAGUACAAUGUUUACGGCUUUGAGCAUGCAUGUGUCCAUGUUUCUUACAGAUCGACAACACCUGACUAUAUGUCACUUGAGAUAAAAACAGAAGCUCAAAAUGGUGUAAUCCUAUGGCAAGGAGAGGUAAAUUAGAGUGUUGUAAUGAGUUCGGCCAACAGAGAUUGUUUAUAACUCAUGCCUGAUAAUUCGAUGACCAGAAAAGACAUCCUUCUACUUUGCCACAUUCAGUUCUGAGCUUUUUCUUAGUUAUUAAGAGAUUGUAAGAACAAAACGUUUUUCUAAAACACUUCCGUAUCUCUUUUCCAAAACGUUCGUGUAUAUUUCACACACACAUGCCCCUUGUAUUACAAACAGUUCCCUUGAUCUGUAAGGCAUCAAGCAACAUAAACAGAUACCUCAUGUUCACACCUGGAUCAAUUCGGUGUCCCUAUGAAAAAUUUUUCUUCUUGCACCUUCCAGAGAAGAGACCACUUUGCAAUCGGAUUAAGAGACCGAUUUCUGGAGUUCAGGUAAUUAUUUUAGGACUCUUGACGGCCCUACAACUGGUCGCUUUCUAAACUUAGGUAUUUUUUGCUUUCAGAGUAAAAGCACCCAUACAUGUCCUUGACCACCAAAAAUGCCAAAAGUUAGGGGUCGCUGAUGGGAGCUGGUCGCAUAUGAGACUGACGCAUCUGAAUGUCACUAAAAUUGCCUCUGAAAUAUGUAAUACACUAAAAAACAUAGACAAUAUACACGUAUUAAAACAAUAUAUUUCGCUACAUCAAUGUACUGAUGGAUCACAUAAACUGAAUAUCCGGGGACGAUAAAAUAAUAGGGAGUUUAAGCAAAAGCGUUUUUGAGUGACGCACGUCAACCGAGGCUAAAAAAUUGUAUUGCUUUACGUCUUUUUUCUCAUAUUGAUGAUUUUGCGGAGAAUUUGAGCAAAAACAAUGCUUAAAAGUAGUUAACUAUGAAAUUGAGUGAAGCACAUCCUCGGUUAAAUUUGUUACACAUUAAUCCUGGAUCACUGAUCUACAUAAAAAAAAAUAAGGGAACGGGCCCCCGGGCCCCUCCCCGGAUCCGCUACUGCAAAUAACCAGGAACUAAAUAUAUCGGCCCCUACCCUGAGAAUACUUUAAAAUCAUGUUAGCAAAUCAGUUACGUCUUUCGUAGAUUUGAACUCGGCUCUGGGCCCGCUGUACUACAAUCUCUGUCUCCAGUCAACGACAGCCAAUGGCACUCCAUCAAGGUUUACAGGUAACAAACUUUUUCAACUACAAUCUUGAAAUAAUAGUUCCUAGAUCUCCGUAUUCUAGAUGCGUUACAUUUGAGGAACAAGGAAGGGCCCGAGAAUAAACCCCCCGACUGUCAACCAUGAAAAAAAUUUUAAUCAAUUGUUGAUUUCGGCUUCUAUAUAAUAUGAAGCAGCACUGACUGCGUGAUGUCAUCCCUCCGAUAUUUUAAUUAUUAGACUAGUGACGUUUGUCGUUUAAUUUUGUAGGAGUUUCAGUGAGGGUUCCCUUAAAGUUGAUAAUCAUGAGCACGUAAAUGGCACCUCGGCUGAGGGAAGCAAAGGGCUGAAUAUUAACCAAGGUCAUAGCAUAUUUAUGGGUAAGUGCAUUGUAUAUCCUUAUCUUAUCAGUCAUCCCUACGAUCAGAAUGGGCAGUCCGUAAUAUUGGGAUUUCAUAUAUUUGAACUGCGGGAAGAAAAACCAAAUGCAGACAAGAUCAUCAAUACACAACUCAGUUGUAAAAAGAAAGCCUGAAUGCCCGUAUUCGACCCCUGACCUCUACGAUACCGGUGCAGUGCUCUUACCUAUUAAGCUAGCAAGCAGACUGGGUGUGAAUGGUCCUUUAGUAUUAUCUAAAAGUCUACCUCCUUUAUCAGUGUUCAGGAUGUUUAAUAAUGUGGAAGAUUUUUUUUUUCAUAUGAACAGGAGAUAAUUCGAACUAUAGCCUAUAUUAUCUUAAUGUUUUUUCCUCUUAUUUCCAAUAGGAGGGAGUGAAAAUAUCGCAAAAAUGACACAUGGAAAGUUUAAUACUGCUUUUAGGGGUUGUAUAAAGAAUACAUUUUUCAAGGACAGAGGCAUGGACCUCCAGGGUGACGCUAUUCGCGGUUGGAAUGUCCUACCGUGCGACAGCGAUGAGGCAGAGCCAUGA